GAUUUAAAUCGACAGGAAUCUAACGCUAGCCGACGUUUCCGUGCAGCCUGCGUGACGGCGCGGAGGGGAACGGGCCGCCGCCGGACGGAUGCUUCUCGGUGAACGGACCGCGCGGCCGCUGCAGUUCUCGGUGGUACAUGCACGCUGCUACCCUGCUGCCUCCCGGCAACCGUCAUGCCUUAUGGAAUACUCACCCACCGCCAAUGACAUUCCAGCUGGAUGUCUCAUGUUUACAGUUAAUUUCCCCCAAAAAUAGCCUCAUAUCAGCUCGCUUUCAACCGGGCUUGCUCCCUCUGCAAAGCGCACGAUCAUAGUUGCGAAACCUGCGCUCGUUGUGUCACAACAACCAACGUCUCUCCCUCCGCAAGGGGUCCUCGAUCAUCCUAUCAUGAGAUUCCGAAUCUACAAGAGGAAGGUGGUGAUACUGACCGUGGUGGUUGUCAUCUGUGGCCUCGCUUUCUGGAGCAGCGGGAGGCAGAAGAAGAACGACAGCGGUUCGUUCCCAAAGGAGGCCGAGGGGGCGCGGCGCGGCGGCAGCAGCGUCGUCACCGGCAGCAGCAGCGUCAACGAUCACGUCCAGGUGCCGGCCACACCGGCCGUCAGCAGGGCACCGGCUCCGCCCCCGGCUAUACAAGCGAAUGACACGCGCCAGGAGAGAGCCAAGGUCAAAGAGAAGAUACCCAAACCAGAGGUCGACAACACCACUUUAGUCUACCGGGGCAUCGUCUUCCAGCUCAACUUUGACCAGACGAUAAGAAAUGAGGAAAAGUUCAAGGCGGCGCGACGGAAGGACGACCUGGUCGUGGUGGUUCAGGUCCAUAACCGACCCGACUACCUGAAGCUCUUGGUGGACAGCCUGCGGAAGGCCAGAGGCGUGGAGAGCAUACUGCUGAUAUUCAGCCACGACUACUGGUCCCCCGAGAUAAACAAAGUGGUGGCCUCUGUUGACUUUUGUCAGGUACUCCAGAUCUUCUUCCCCUUCAGCGUUCAGCUGUACCCCCAGGAGUUCCCCGGACACGACCCCAACGACUGCCCCAGAGACAUUCCCAAAAACGACGCCUUAAAGCUGGGAUGCAUCAACGCCGAGUACCCCGACUCAUUCGGCCACUACCGCGAGGCCAAGUUCUCCCAGACCAAGCACCACUGGUGGUGGAAGCUGCACUUUGUGUGGGACAGAGUCCGGGUCCUGGAGCAGCACAGGGGCCUGGUGCUGCUGAUCGAGGAGGACCACUACAUGGCCCCGGACUUCAUCCAUCUGCUUAAGCUGAUGUCGGCUCUCAAGAGGGAGCAGUUCGCCGACUGCGACGUCCUCUCGCUGGGGAGCUACAGCCACGUCGGCUACUCCAGCAAAGCCAACAAGGUGGAGGUGAAGGCCUGGAAGUCCACCGAGCACAACAUGGGGAUGGCUCUGAGUCGGGAGACCUACCAGAAGCUCAUCGGCUGCACCGACACGUUCUGCACCUACGACGACUACAACUGGGACUGGUCCCUGCAGCACCUGACCGUGGCCUGCCUGCCCUCCUACUGGAAGGUGAUGGUGAGCGAGGCGCCGCGGGUUUUCCACGCCGGCGACUGCGGGAUGCACCACAAGAAGGUGGCGUGCAUGCCCAACAGCCAGAAGACCAAGAUCGAAAACGUCCUGCAGUCCAGCGGGAACCAGCUGUUCCCAAAGAACCUGCUGAUAGCAAAGAGACUGCCGGCCAACGGCGCCGGGGGCGUGGCCCCGCAUGUGAAGAACGGGGGCUGGGGAGAUAUCAGGGACCAUGAACUCUGCAAGAGUUAUGUUCGAAUACAGUGACCUUAAUUGAUACUAUUCCAUAUUAUUGUCUCUUUUGCAUCCUCUUUAAAGAAAAAUCCGCCUUUUAAAAGCAUCUCUUUAUGGACUAUUCUUCAUGUUGCCUGUUUUAUUGGACUGCUCCAAAUAAAGACGAAUGUUGGAUUUCUGGCUUCUUUAACACAAUUAUGUCCUCACAUUGAGUUAUUUAAGUAUCCCCUGUGUUGUUGUAAGUACCGACAAUCAUAUACUAAACCGUUUUCUCUGCCAAA